GUGUGUUUCCCUCCUGUUUCCCAUCCCCUGAUUACUGGGCAUAUAAGAAGAAAUAAAUAAUGGUAUAAAGAAAUGUGACUCAGACAGAGUUUAGAAACACUUCCUCUUCAGCAACAGAGAUGACUCCAUACACAUACACAUAGCUGUUUGCUAUGUACCAGAAGUGAAAGUACAAGAUACAAGCUUUUGUUCUUUACAUCAAAGCAAAGCACUGCAACAUCAAGACAACAUCGCCAAGAUGAUUGACAACGACAUCGUACUUGAAGCACUGGGGGUGAUCUGCAAUGCUAAGAUAACUUCUGUUCAACAAAAACAAGGAGAAGUUGGCAUCGGUUCUGGUCUUCUCGAAGCUUUCAAAAAUUUGUUUUUCACAGCUCCUGCUACGCAGCUGCCUGUUACGCAGCUCAUUUCUACAGUUGUGGAUGGAGAUCAAACUUGCUCGGUGUCACAAAGCAGCUUGAUGAGGAUUGAUGGGCACGUGUCUUCUGGAUUGCCCGGGAAUAUAGGUAUUAAAGGUUUUCCAGCAAAUAAACAUGUAUCAAAAUUUGAAAUAGAGGAAAGAAAUGGAAGGCGUUUCAUCAUCAACGAGGAAGAAUUCUUUGACCCCAGAUUUCACUACGACUUUACUGGAAUGAAAGACACAGAUACCUUUUACAGAGGUGACGAAGAGUACUGGCGUCCCUAUGGUUGGCAGCGUUUUGCUAUCAAGGUCCUGGAUAAGUAUGAUGGAAAUGAAUGGCUCGGCACAGCAGGCUAUCGCACUCGGUCAGUGUCAGGGGAGUGGCCUGUGUCCUACCAUGGGACAUCUUAUGACUCUGCUUGUGACAUCAUCAAAGGACGUUUCAAGCCAGGUCACCGUGACGUCUAUGGUAGAGGGGUUUAUUCUACACCUGACAUCGAAGUGGCCCUCAAAUACUGUAAAGAUUUCAAGUCCAAAAAAAACGGCAAGACGUACAAAGUGAUUCUGCAGAAUCGGAUCAACCCCAGAUACAGAGAGAAACACCACAAUGAUAAGUACUGGCUGGUUCCCAUCAAUGAUAGAGUAUCAAAAGAAGAAGAGGAAAAGAUGGUGGCGCGUGCCAUUCGUCCCUAUGGCCUUCUGUUGAAAGAGUUCUAAAAGACCAAAACGGUCACUAGAGGUCGCAGAAAAGCCAAAUAAAGACUAAAGCAGACUCUAGUAAUGCUCUGUGCUGCAAUGUAAUGUGUAGUAAACCCUAAAAUUUUUUAUUUACCCGCAUGCAUAAAAAUGUUUGUGGAAAGAGAAGUGAAGUUAAGGGGUUAUUAUUAUGCUCACAAAACUGUUCUCACUAAGAAAUUCAGGUAGACGUUCAAUCCUUCUUUGUUCUUAUGAGCUCUGAAGAACUGGUGGAUGAUUUGUAAUUCCUUGAUGAGAUCUAUUACCAGUGUUAGUCAAGUUACUUGAAAAAAGUAAUUAGUAACUAAUUACUGAUUAAUACUCCAUAAAAGUAAUCCAUGAUACACAACCUGAAUAAAUAAUAAAGCAACAGACCUUUCAGCCCAAUUCUACUUUUUCUG